UGUUUAACUACGCUUCAGCUGUAGCCUUGAAGGGAGCUUCAUGUUCGAAGGUCGCUUGCAAAUCGGUUGAGCGCUCUGCAGCUGAAAUGAAUGCAAAUUAAUAGUGUUGAAAAGCUUUGAGUUUUUAAGCUGGGCGCAUUAACGGUUUAAUGAGCGCAUACAUAUACAUGCACAUAUAUACAUAUAUAUGCAUGCAUAUGUAUGCAGAUCUAAGAACACAGUCACACAAGCCCAUCUUUUCAGCUUCUGCCGUUGGGGGCGCUCCUGUGCGUACGUGUAUUUGUACAACCAAUGGACACACCUGAUGAUUUGCUGUGUAAGUGUGUGGGUGGGUGUGUAUGUGUAUUGCAAAGAGUAUUUGUUGGCAGGACAACGCGACAAAUGCACAGACAUUAUCAAUGCCAUAUACAUAUGUACAUGCAUACACACAUACAUAUUUGCAUAGCAACAUACAUACAUAUGUACAUAUGCGUAUUCAUAGUUAAUAUGUAUGUGAGUUUGUAAUGUCUGGGUGCAUAACGGCUUGUUAUUUUGUUAUUCAUCUGUUCUAAUCAUUAUGCAUAACAUUUGCACUCUUUCCGCCUCUCUAGCAGCUUAACAGACAAGAAACAGCUCAACAUAUCGAUAAAUAGAGAGCAAAGAGUGCAUAUCCUUUUAACAUUAACAACAACAAAAAAAAAAACAGCAGCAUCGAUUCUAACAGUUUGGUGCUGACUGCGCUACUGCUGCUGCUGCUGCUGUUGGCAGCCGGCAGCGGACAAUGAACUCUCUCAUGCAGUGCGCCCAAUAACACACACACACACACACACGCUUAUACUCUAUAUAGAUGCACAUGCAUAACGGCUGGCAGCGUCGACGGCGGUAGCAAUGGCCACAACGAUGUUGACGUUGGGAACGAGGACAACGAAGCAGUUGACAAUUGAAAAUCAAAUGCGCUAACAGUUAAUUACGCACGCACACAUAUUUGGUAAAAGAUAUGUAUGUUCGCACUAUGGUUUCCGUUUUCGGCAUGCAACAACCAGGAACAACAACCACAAGAAGCACUCAGCAGUAUCCGUGCCUGCAGCUUGUCGCUGUUGCGGCAAAUUAAGGCUGAGACACACACACACACACACACUCACUCACACACAUGCGCACACGCAAACGCUCACGAAAAACAAACGCAUGAAAUUGCAUUGAAAAAACAAUUAAAAAGAACACAACAUUUUGCAAAAGCAAAAAAGAAUUCAAAUUAUGGGCAGCCUGCCGAAUUUGCAUGAACUGGAGGAGGCGGAGCGUAAACGCGAGAAGCGCAGAGAGUACGAGAUGCUGCUGGAGCAGCGCGCCAGGGACACGAGUCGUGAGCGCGAGCGCUUGUCGCUGUUCGCUCAGCAGCGCAAGCAAACCUCGUACAAUGCGUACAUUAUGGCUGGCCUGGGCAUCGGCGGCGGCGGCGGCUCCCUCUAUCUAACGGCAGCCAAUGGCCAUGGCAAUGGGGAGCUAACCAGCGUCAAUGGCAUAAAAACGCAAUCAGUUGCCGAAACAACAACAACAACAACAACGGAGACAACAACAACAACAGAGACAACAGCGACAAAAAUAACGUUGAGCGGCUUUGCCAUGCUGGGCCUGGCCGGCAGCUUGAUGGGCGUUAAGAAAUAUCCGCAUCUUUACCAUCAGCACACACAUCCGCAUACGCAUACGCAUACGCAUACGCAUCCGCAUCCGCAUCAUCAGCAACGACAUUCGCUGACCACACGGCAUCGCGUGCUGCGCACCCGGACACGCAGCUCCGGCGGUCCCCAUAACGUCUGGGACGACCAAUUGUUGGAGCAGAUGACCGCCUACUCGCCGUCGCCGAUCUCGACGCGCUCGCAUCGUAUAAAUCCGGUUUCCUCGUACCAGGUGCAGGCCGCGCUGGCGGCAUCGCGUCGCCGGGAAUCGAUAAACAGCUCCAUUGGUGCGACCUCGAUCCGGCGGCUGAUCACGCUGAACAACCGCAACUGCCGUCACAAGGUGCCCGCCCAUGUCCGGCAGAGGGUGUGGCGCCAGUUCAUCUGCCUGAGCAUUGCCCACGGCCUGAUGAGCGCCGUCCUGCUGCCAAUGAUGGCGUUGCAGGGCUCCAGCUCGGUUUGGCAUCAUCGCGAACAGUGGCUGCCGUUGGGCCCCAACAUUGGAUCGCUUCUGCUGAGCGCGCUCUUUCUGCUGGCCGCCGGCCUCAGUGUGCCGGGCACGCGGCUAAUCCGUCGAUUUGGCUAUAUGCCGCUGCUGGCGGCCAAUUCGCUGGCGGUAUCGCUGUUCCUGCUCGCGCAUCUGUACGCCUCCAUCUAUACGCUGCUGCCGGCGUAUUUGGUGCUCGGCAUUACGCUGAGCGCCGCCAACAGCUGCAAGGCGGCGCUCAUUGUCCACUUUGGCGGCAAGCUGACCUGCGCCCAGCACGAGUGCCCCCCGCUGGUCGGAACGCAGACGGAUGCACUGCACGAGGAGCACAAGAUGUUCUGCAAUCGGGAUCAGAAGGUGCGACGGCUGGCGCGCUGGUAUCGCGCCGCCCAGGAUCUGGGCCUGAUUCUGGGCGCGCUGCUGGCCUCGCUGCUGCUCGCGUGCAAUGCCAACGACUGGAACUGCUCGGCGGGCACUGGGGAAGCGCUGCCAAAUGGUACGGAGCCGCUGCCGGAGGACUUUUACAAUCGCAACGAGCACGGCGAACGCAUUUGUGGCGCGGACAUGUGCCCGCUUCAGCUGCUGCAGCUCAACUGGCCGGAGAACAGCACACGCUCGAUAUACGCGGGCUUCAUUGAGAGCGGCGACCGCGCCGGCGGCCAGUCCCUGCUCUGGCUGUACGAGCUGCUCUCCCUAUUGGCGCUGAUGUUGUCCAUGCUGCAGGGACGUCGCGUGCUGGCCGUGGCGGUACGGCACGAGCGUGUCGUCAAGGAUGUAACAGAUACGCUGCUCUUUGCCGGACCCCUGGCCUAUUUUGUGGGCACCGAACAGGGCUAUAUGCUGGGCGACUUUCUGCGCGCCUUUGUCUCCUGCUCCUUGGGCAUUAGCAUGGUACCGGGCGCCCUCAUCGGCAUGGGCCUGAUGCAGCUAAUCGUCUCCUGCACGCUCAGCAUGCUGUUGCGGCACACCAAACGCAUUGUCGUCAUAUUGGCUGGUUUCUUCUUUCAUUCGUGCUUGCUGCUGGCGCUGUCCAGCUGGAAGCCAUCGAGCGAUGACAGCGCCCUCUUCUAUGUGAUAGCCGCCUCGUGGGGCGCCUGCAACGGCAUGUGGGAGACGCUGCUCCUGUCGCUGAUCACCCUCAAUCAUGUCCAGCACGAUCAAGUCACGGAUGUGAACGCAUCGCUGCAAGCGCUCCGCUUCCUUGGCCUGGCCAUCACAUUUGCGGCGCAUGGAUUUCUCUGCGAAUCGGUGAAGAUCAUUGUCCUGGUCGUGCUGCUGGUGAUCAGUGUGCCGCCGUAUGCGAUGCUCGAGAUACGACUGGAGGCGCAGCGGAAGGCGACGCUCAUCAGCUUAUGACGCAGCUACUUCAGCUAGUCCAGGGGGCGUGGCACUGUGGCACGCACGCACACCAUGUAGAUGCGGGCGAGCGUAGUCACAGGCCAACUGAUGCCGUCUGAUGACAACAGGAUAACAGCAGGGACGACCAUCAAACGGAGCCGCAGUCCUGCCAAUCUAACCAGUAUUCAAAGAGACAAGGAGACAGACGGAGAGGGCGAGCGAGAGAGAGAGAGAGAGAAGAGAGAGAGAGAGAGCGAGAAAUAGCUCUUGGAAUAUUUAAUUUUGUAUGUCAAAGAUUUAUACCCAGCUCCACAUUUGGAACAUUUGGAGCCAAUAGUCCAAUUCAAAAGCUAGACCCCAAGUCCAUAACUGUUCUUAGUACGCGUACACUGUCUAUAUACAUAUAUAACAUAUAUAUAU